AAGUUUUCGGACAAUUUUUGACAAUCAAACAUAAUAAGAUGAGAUAGAAAGCGUCAAACAGAGGCAUAUAAAGAAUAAGAAGUAUUUUGAUAUGCAACAUAAGUCGUCUUACGUCUUAGUAAGAAAAUAAUGUAAGUAUGCUCAGUUUAUUAAUGACUACGGUCAGUAAAGGAGCUUGUUUAACUGGAAUACUCGUUUGAAUAAUAUUCUGGAGAAGUCAAUUCGAUUUUUUGUUAAGCCGAAGAUGAAAUAUUAUUUGUUUUUGAUUGUUUUUUUUGUUGGUAUCGAGCUUGGAAAGGGCAUGGAAGAUACAGGAGAUGCAGAUCGAAGAGUUAAUAAGCCAAUUUGGAAUGAAACCUAUGUCGAUGCAUUGAAACGUGACUUGUUAAUGUCAUACGAUAAAUUCGCACGGCCCACGCAGCACCACAACACCACAAAAGUGGCACUCAAUCUGAAAAUUAAACAUGUCGACUUUGAUGAAGCCACAUCGGAUUUCACUGUUUUUGCGUGGUUUAUCAUGAGUUGGAACGAUGAAAAACUCAGAUGGGACCAGUCGCUGUAUGGAAAUUUGACCAAACUCAGUUUGGCGCAACAUGAAAUCUGGCAGCCGGAUAUUACGCUGUACAACAGCAUUACGCAUAACAUGGACUACUACGGGACGGUAAAUUGUUACGUUGAACCAGAUGGAAAUGUAACUUGGGUGCCACCAGCGACAUUCAAGACAUUUUGUGAUUCGAGUCUUCGGUAUUGGCCAUUUGACAGCCACAAAUGCACCUUAUUAUUUGGAUCUUGGAUAUACAAUGGCAAUGAAAUCGACGUGGUGCCGAAGAAAACCGAUUCACAUCUUGAAAUGUUCAUUGAAAACCCGGAAUGGGAAGUAACAGACGUGAAAGUGGGACGUAGUGUAAACUUUUUUGCAUGCUGCCCAGAACCAUAUGUAGAUAUACAUUACAAUAUUACAGUAAAUCGUCGCUCAUCGAUAUACCAUACAGUGAUAUUGGCACCUGCAUUCGUUGUCAUUCUACUUACCCUACUCACUUUUUGGCUACCGGCUCAAUAUAGCGAGAAAAUCCUGUUGAACUGUGUCACGGCACUGAUUAUCGUGCUGUUCUUACUCUAUUUUUCGCAGAAGCUUAAUGUAAUGGCAUCACAAACUCCUUUGAUUGUUCUCUUCUACAGCCAUACACUGUACAUGGUGUGCUUUUCAACAUUGAUUUCAGUAAUUGUGAUAAAUUUAACGCGAUUGAAAUAUCAGAGAGCCUUACCAUGGAUCAUCAAAAAGUAUUUGGAUGGAAAGUUGGGCGAUAUUUUACUACUGGAUCACAUUAUCGAUUCUGAGACUGACCAACAGCGCCGUGCAUCCGAGCUCCGUGAACAUCCGUUCGAUCAGCAUUUAUUAAAUGACGAACAGCAAAUCAUUCAGCAAUGUCGCGUUGGAAAGGGUUCAUUGAGAAAUGACUACUUGAAAUUGGCCACAGCUGUGGAUAGAAUAGCUUUCAUCGUAUACUUUUUCCUUUUCACAAUUUUUGGUCUAGCUUAUUCGAUCUGAUCCGAUUUUUACUCAGUAAACGAACCGAAGAAUCCAGAAAUCAUCAUCCGUAAGAAAUAGAAAGAGAACUCAACAAUACUGAUGAAAUAAGAACACUGGAAUAGAAUAGUGAACUCGUCUACUUCACAGAAAUUAUCCAAAAUCAUUUCACACUUGAAAAAUUAACAUUUUCAGUGCCAUUAACCUGA